CGCAGACGUGGGAGCGGAGGCCGGGCACAAUGCUGGUGAAGACAUUCCUUAACCUGGAGCCGCCCGGGGAAAGGAGAAAGUGAAGACAAGAGACUGGGGGACGUCACUCGUCAUCAGAGAGAGCCAGCGUUGCUGUCGCGCACCACCACUUCCGCCGCUGCUGGCAUAAAUAGGGUUUUGUGAUAUUCUUUCCAGACAUUGUAAAGUUAAGAGAAGAAUAAAGUCCAGACACCGCGGACAACGCCAAAUGUUUCCAGUUGAACAACUUACAGAAGAACAAAAAAAUGAAUUCAAAGCAGCUUUUGAUAUUUUCGUACAAGACGCAGAGGAUGGGUGCAUCAGUACAAAGGAACUGGGUAAAGUGAUGAGAAUGCUGGGGCAGAACCCCACCCCUGAGGAGCUGCAGGAGAUGAUAGAUGAGGUGGAUGAGGAUGGCAGCGGCACCGUAGAUUUCGAUGAGUUUUUGGUCAUGAUGGUCCGGUGCAUGAAAGACGACAGUAAAGGAAGAUCAGAAGAGGAAUUAUCAGAUAUUUUCCGCAUGUUUGACAAAAAUGCUGACGGAUACAUUGAUCUUGAAGAGCUGAAAACCAUGUUGCAGGCGACUGGCGAGACCAUAACAGAGGACGACAUAGAGGAACUAAUGAGAGACGGGGAUAAAAAUAAUGAUGGCAGAAUUGACUACGAUGAAUUUUUAGAAUUCAUGAAAGGCGUUGAAUAAAGGAGUCGAAUAAAUCACAACCAUGAGCCCAAGAAAUCUCCCAACAAUGACAGAUUUAUUAUUACGACUGCUUAUUCUGUUUUAUCUGAACCAGAUAUUAUUAAAUGUUUUAUGUAAUAUAUACAACUUCAAUAAAUGACUAAAUGACUAAUAAAAUAUGCUUUUGUCUAUGAAAUAAGCUGACAUGUGAGUUAUAAUGCAUAUACAUCAUUUACCAAUUAUAGUGAGAUGUCUCCAACUGUCUCUUUAAGAAGACCACCCCUUAUCCAGACCAGAUUUCAUGUGAAAGAUUUUCAGUAUUACUAUCUAUUUUGUG